AUAGUGGAGACGCAAACACUUUAUAAUUCAAUCUUAAAAUGUAAACCUAAUUCAAAGUUUGAAAAUAUUUAUGAAAACGUGGAGACAAAUGGGAAUAAGACGUGCAAUGGAUUCACGUUUUCAAACGAACAGUAUUUAUACUAUGCGAUCGUAUCGAACCAAACGGAACUCCUAAAAGUGAAUGAAAUGACAGUAGUAGCCGCUUCCCUCAAUGCGGACGGCCAGUGCUCUGGAGAUUACCUUUUUUCAGUCCAAAUAUAUAAGGCGGACGACCAGGACGGAUGUCAGGGUCAAGGGGUCAGCUCACAAACGGCUAUUUACUAUACAUUCUCCAUAUACGGAGAAAAGUGUAGCUCAACCUGUAGUUUAGUGUCGUCCACCGCUAAACUAAGCCCACCCCUCACUAAUCGACCAAAUUUGGUGAAACAAGAAGUCAUUUAA